AUGAACGACAAGAAUAAAUUUCAAAGUAAAACAUACCUUAGUUGCGACACUAUUUGCAAAGCUGAUUCAAAUAAUGGUAUAUUAGGGGAUGUGCAUACUACUGAGUUCAUAAAUGGUAUACGAGCUUCUGGUGUACCAAAUCAUGUUUUGAUAUUGAAGGUUGGAUCACCGAUCAUGUUGCUAAGAAACAUAGAUCACACAAUGGGUCUUUGCAAUGGUACUAGGUUGGUUGUGAGCAGACUAGCUGAGCAUGUGGUUGAAGCAAAGAUUAUGACGGGUACUCAUGUAGGUAAAAAGGUGUUGAUAGCAAGAAUGUCAAUGACGCCUUCAGACCCGAGAUUUCCGUUCAAAUUCCAGCGUAAACAAUUCCCAAUUAUGCUGUCAUACGCAAUGACAAUCAACAAAAUUCAAGGGCAAACUUUAACCCAUGUAGGCCUGCUGUUGAAGAAACCAGUAUUUGUGCAUGGUCAAUUGUAUGUUGCGGCAUCUAGAGUAACAAAUCCAAAAGGCUUGAAGAUUGUAAUUUGUGAUGAAAAUGGUCAGGAUAGUAAUUCCACAAUUAAUGUGGUUUACAAAAAGAUCUUCAAUAAUCUAUAA